UCUAUGCAGUAAUGUUGGCAACACUACAAUUUUUAUUGUGUACAUACAUUUCAUUUUGUCUAAAUAUGCAAAAUUUGUGUUUGGAGAAAAAUAUAUUAAAAUAAAAACAUUUAUCUAAUUUCUAAUCGCGCAAAAGAAUUUAAAAUUGGUGAAAUAUAUCAAGUGGACAUGGAGUGGUCGCGGGAAAAGACACUUUGCCUAAUAAGUGAAUAUCGGAAGCGCAGAGGCCUUUGGGAUAUGACACAUGAUGACUAUCGUAAAAAGGAAAUGAAGCAGAAGUUAUUGGUGGAGGUCAGUGGCGCGUUAGGUGGUGGCAUACCAAUUAACGAAAUCGAGAAAAAGUUUCAUACUUUACGUACACAGUAUCAUCGUGAAAUUAACCGCAUGAAGCGUAAGGAACCGUAUAAUUCCAAGUGGUUUGGAUUCAAAAAUUUGCAAUUCUUGAGCUCCCCUAAGGCUUGUCGUUCUAGUAAAACUCGUGUUAAAUCAGAAAUAACUGAAGAAGGCACAGUAACGACGAAGUUUAUUAUCAGGGAAUCUGUUUCACAACACGAUAGCAGUGGUGGCUCAGCUAAUUCUACAACAAAUAUAAAUGAAGAAUUUCUGACAAUAAAUAGAAAACCUAGUCUGUCGUACGACUCGGCCGGCAAUCCUUCGCAAGCUUUAGCACAAAGCAUCCGAAAGCGAGAGUUUGAAAAACUUAUAGAGGAAACCACGAAAGAUGUCGAAGAAGUUGAAGAACCCAAACCAAAAAUGGCAACAAUCAAAGAGAUUAUACCAAUUGAAAUACACGCAGCAAAUAGUAGUGAUGAAAUCAACACAGCCGAGGAACAAGAAUCUAUACAUAGAGUUGAGUUGCAAACUCAUCAUCGAAACCAAAACCUGGAUGAGGAUGAAGAAGACAACGUGGAGACGAUUGAUAUAACUCAUAACGAUAACACAGAAUUAUCGUAUCCUACCAACCCAGGUGUGCACACAACAUUACAUCAUCAACAUACCAUGCCGACUCACCGCAUUAUUAAAAUCCAAAGACGUGACACUUGCAACGACGAAGAUGAUUACUAUGAUGAGUCCCAGCAUCAGUCUACGCAACAGCAUAUCCAUGCUAUACCAGCAAAUACCACAAAACGCUUCUUUUUUAAUACCACUGCACACCAGCACACUCUCAUCACGACACCAACAAACACAUCACAACCAAAUGCUACUUCAACAUUACUGAAGGCGCUUCCCAGUCAUCAGCAACUGAACAACGGAAAUCUGUUGCAACCACAGCAAAAUACCUCUACGCAAUCACAACCAAAUAUUCGAGAUGAGUUCUCUACGUAUGGAGAAUAUGUAGGCAAUGAAAUGCGGGGCAUAACCAACCGCGAAAUACUGAUCUCGCUCAAACAUAAAAUCAACACAGCCCUCUUCGAAGCGAGUAUGGCUGAACUCCAAAAGUGAGAAUUUAUGGAAAUGCCUAAACAUAUUUACUUUGUAGUUAAAUGAUAUUUCAUUUCUCAUCUAAUUAUCUAAUUUUGUAAUUUAUAACUUAAUGAAAUAAUUUCUUAAAAUAAACUUUUAA